GUGGUUUGCUCCUCACUCCAGCUGAUCGGCCCAGGAUUCCCCGGUGGCUCUGUCCGUCGCUGGCUUUGACGGCUCCGGUGUCUCACGUCGAUUUAAACUGUCUUAAGUUCACGGAGUCAGUGGCCGCUCGUGUCGGCAAGUCGUUCCUCGUCUAGUGAAACUGUGGAGGAUAAUCUGGCCGGGGUACUGACUCUGUACUUGUCAAAGCCAGGGGAUCUGAACGCAAAUACGAGGCCCUUACUCCAUCCCCGGAUUCACCUGCUACGCGGAGAGCCUCACACGGAAGACCGACAUGGGGGACACGGGGAGCGAGGGCAGCAAGCCUCCGACUAACGUUAACGUUAUCCCCCCGCGCUGCCCCUGUGGUUUCUGGGGGUCGAGCAAAACUAUGAAUCUCUGCUCAAAAUGUUUUGCAGACAUUCAGAAGAAACAGCCAGACGAUGAUUGUGCCCCAAAGGCCUCCUCAAGCUCCAGCAGCAGCCAAGCAGACAUCUUCUGUAAUGAAACAAACAGCAGCAUUAGUCAGUCACUGAUUUCGAUGCCUAACACAUCAGAGGACACUUCGCCAGGGGAGACGGGAGUGUCAUCUCUACCUGCUCAGGACGAAGUAUCCAGCACAGACGCGGUCUUCAGUUCUCUCUCCACUCCCACCAAACGCUCCUUUGAGUUAGCCUCAGAGUCAGAAAGCGAUGUUUCCCCUGAGAAGCGAGCAAGAGUGGGUGAGGUACCAGAGGGCGAGGAGUCUUCAUCGUCAUCAUCAUCUUUCUCCGCAUCAUCAUCAUCAUCCUCAUCUCGCAGCGGCUCUAAACAGCGGAGCCGCAAACGUUGCCAUCGCUGCCAAACCAAACUGGAGCUGGUACAGCAAGAGCUGGGUUCCUGUCGCUGUGGUUAUGUCUUCUGUAUGCUCCACCGGCUCCCAGAGCAACACGAGUGUCUGUUUGACCACCUGGGCCGUGGUCGCCAGGAGGCUGUCCUAAAGAUGGUCAAGCUCGACCGCAAGGUGGGCCGCUCAUGCCAGCGCAUCGGUGAGGAGUGCUCCUGAGCGGCUUUCCCCUCCGAUGAAUCUCGGUGUCUUAGCACCAACAGGGAUUUGAUUUGUUUUUUCUCUUCUUAUUUUGAUUCUCAAGAUUUUUGCAGGUUUUUGGAUACAAACCUCCACCCUUCUCUUUUAAAUUAUGCUCGCUCUUUUUUAAAUCCCACUGUUAACCAUGUCCCUGAUUGUUUUCUGCUUGAUCAUAUCCCUGCUGCUAAGAUGCCUUUUGGAAAAAUCCAAACCCAGGAAUGACAGAACAAUAAAGAGCAAAGGAAAUAUACAAUUGGUUCACUUUUUUUGCAAGCUCCUGAGUACACAUGUGUGAGCAGAGUAAGAACGAAUGAAAGGAUGAAGAGAAGAAAUACAACGCUUUAUAAGCCAGUUUAACUCUUUACCUCAAAAAAGAAAAAAAGAAAAAACAAAGAAUGACGAGGAGGACGAGAAGGAAGAGGAAGGAUUUGGUAACCCGUUGUGUACACUUCUGCUUUGGCACUGUUUAUAGACUGUGCUCUUUACCUCAAAAUCAGACAGACUGCUUUGUACUCUGCGCCGAGCAUGGACUUGAAGCAAACCAAGCGAGCCAGCCUCAGUUUUAGUCAGUGUCUUACGCCCCUGGCCAUCCACUACCCUUAAUCCUAAAAACACAAACACCUGUUGUUGAUCAUCCACCUCAGGUUAUCAGGACAUCGAAGCCCAAUCUUCACCCCCUUUUCCCACCAACUUGCAUCCUUCUCUUUUCCUCCACAGGACACCUUUUUUGCUCCUGUAUUUGUUUUAAGAUUGUCCCGAAAGCGUUUCUGCUGUGUCGAUGAGGCCGUUGUGGACGAUGGAACUGGGGUUAUGCUGGUGGGAGUGAGCUAGUUGUCCUUGGAUUGUGCACAGAUACGUCCUCAAUGUUGGGAUGUGAUUGAUCAAGACAUAAUUUGUUUGCGGAUUUUCUCUGUCUUCCUAUUCUCCACAGCCCUCCCACAUGGGAAUAUGUCCUCCUCUUCACACCCAUAAAUCUCCUUUCAGCAAUGGGUGGAUUACAUGUGCUGAAUGUGUACAAACUUCAGGAAGACAACAUUUUACGGGACAUGACGUACACUAAAGUGUGCAUAGGAUUUAUGACUGGACUCACUAUGCUUUUGCAAAUACACAGACUCUCACACUUUCGUGUUUAAUGUGCUCAGCUGUUGGUUACAUUGAGUACAAGCAGGCAAAAAUCAAACAUUGCUGUACACGUUGAGUUUGGACUGAAGCUGGUAUGGCAGCGUGUCUCUGAGGGGUUCCUGUUUUAAGAUUGGUGGUGGUUGUUAUAGUUCAGGUUUCUCAUAAUGUCUUAGGCCUUCAUUUCAACUAUCUACAUUUUUAAGGUAAAUGUUUUGGUGCCAGCUUUGAUAUAAGACUUCAUAAUGUUUGGUUUUCACUCCUUUAACCAGUACUUUAAUGUCCCUGCUUCCAUCAAUGCCCCAUGUUUCCCUUUCCAGUUAGCAUGAUGAGCGCACAUGCAUUCUCCUCCUUCAUCCUUUCACUUUCCUUUUCUCAUCUUUCUCCUUAUUGAUUGCUCUAUUUUUUCCUUGUUUCACCCGUUCUGCCCCCCCUCCUCCCUCCCCUCCUCCCUCUGUCUUUCUGUAGAUGAGAGAGGUGGUGGUUGGGGUGAGCAGGGUGCUUAAAGUUUAAAAUCAGCAAAUAACUGCUUUCCAAACAUUUUCCUGUGGAAGGAACGAAGUGAAAAUGCAUAAUGAAUGAAUAUUCUGUAUCUUAAAGAAAACCUUAUUUAACCCCUUUUUGCGUUUCACUUACACUCUAGUGUAGAGCUGCUUUUUUGGUUGUAAUGUGGUUAUAAAAUGGGAAGAUGGAUGUGGAAAAUUCAAUAUUUCUGUUUCCAUUGCUUUACUUUUUGCUUCCCCUCUCCAACCUUUUCUUUUACUGAGAAAGAAUAAACUGGAUUAGACAAAGUGUGAA